AUGGCCGCCCAACCUGCUGGCCUGGACUUCUGCGGCUUCACGCUUAUUGUGGAUGACACCGUCCACCCCGACGGCACCACAAGCAUGGAGCAAGUGGGCGGCGGCGGCCCCCAGACGCUGUGGGGCUACCAGCUGCAGCGCCGCGGCGCGGCCCGAGUGGGCCUGGCGGCGGGCGUGGGCAAGGACCUGCCCAAAAGCGUCGAGCGGUGGCUGUCCUCCACCGUCGGCUGCGACCUGUCGGGCCUCAUCGCCAGCGACACACUGCCGACGCCGCGCGCGUGGCAGGUGAUGGAGCACGAUGGCCGCCGCACCCAGGUCUGGCGCAGCAGAGAGUGCGACGCGCUCUACGGGCAGCUGCGGCCCAGCUUCUCUGAGCUGCCACCCAGCUUCCAGGCGGCUUCCACCUACCACCUGGGCAUCCACGCGGCGUUCCCGCCUAUGAAGCUGCUGCGCAGCCUGCGAGAUGCAGCACAUGCGCAAGGAGGCCUGCUGUCCCUUGAGACAUACACCAGCUGCGACGCGCCGCUGCUGCCCUCCAGGCGCGCUGAGCUGGCGGCGCUCAUGGCGGCCUGCGACGUGUUCAGCCCAAACGAGGGGGAAGCGGCCAGCAUUCUGGGCGCAGGGCCCGCACUCGAUGCGGCCGCCGCCGAGGGCCCGCAGCAGCACGAGGCGGCGGCCGUUGACCUGGUCAACGCCCUGAUUGACCUGGGCGCCACGACGGUGCUGCUGCGGCGCGGCGCAGACGGCGUCCUCGCUGCCCACGGGCCCAGCGGGCAGGCCGUCUCGGUGCCGGCCGUGCCUGGGACUGUCGUGCGGGACGUCGUCGGCUGCGGCAACGCCUGCUGCGGCGCGUUCCUGGCGGCUUAUACGCGGGGCGCCAGCCUGGCCAAGAGCGCGGCUUGGGGCUGCGCCGCCGGCAGCGUGAUGGCGGAGCACAGGGGGGUGCCGCGGGACCCCAUCGAGUCGCUCCAUCCUGACGCCGCGCGGCGGCAGGCGGAGGUGCUGCGCCUGGCGCGGCCUGUGGCGCUGAGGGGGGGCGCGCGGAGGGGGUUGCGGGUGGAGGCGGCGGCGGCGGCAGCGGCAGCGGCGGCGGCGCGGGCGGCGCGGCUUCAAGGGAUAAUCAGCUUAGCCUACGUAUCAGGCCAAAUAGGCCCACAGGGCGCCAUGGGGAAGCAGCAGGAGGGCCUGACAUGGGUCUUUCAGCAGAAGGUCGAACAGCUAGAGCUGUUGGUGAAAGAACGGACGCACAACCUCAGGCGUCUCGAGGCCCAGCGGAACGAGCUCAACACACAGGUUCGGCAACUACGGGAAGAGCUACAGCUACUGCAGGAGCCAGGCUCCUAUGUGGGGGAGGUGAUCAAGGUCAUGGGCAAGAGCAAGGUGCUGGUGAAGGUGCACCCUGAGGGCAAGUAUGUUGUCGACCUCGAUAAGUCGAUCGACGCCGGGAAGCUCACGCCGGGCGCGCGCGUGGCGCUGCGCAGCGACAGCUACACGCUGCACAUCCUGCUGCCCACCAAGGUGGACCCCCUGGUCAGCCUGAUGAAGGUGGAGAAGGUGCCGGACUCGACGUACGACAUGAUUGGGGGGCUGGACCAGCAGAUCAAGGAGAUCAAGGAG